CUUCCACUGCUUCUUUGUGAGACAUUGUCGUUGUCCAAUGGCUGGUAGUGGCAUAUUGGAAGAUCCCACAGGUCGAUCUAAAGAGGACAUUGAACAGGCGCUGCAGACUUUGAAGAAUAGCGCAGAGAGGGAUUCCUGUUUGUCUGCCUGCGAGUUGAUCGAAGCUGUAACCUUCCGUUCGACGACAUGUCAGCAGCGGCUUUUGGAGAUUUCCGGCAUCGAGAUUCUUCUUGAGAACAUGAAGAAACAUCUUCAAGAUAGAGAGCUGCAGAUCAUGUUUUGCCGCAUUCUUCAGCACUUGGCAGCCUCCGCACCGAAGGAGUUGUCGAAAGCUGGUGCGUGCAGCGUGUUGAAGGCGGUUCUUGAAGCUCAUCCGUCAGAAGCUUCGGUUCAUCAAGCAAGUUGGCAAGCCUUAGAGCUCAUUGCCUUGAGGGAUGAAGAGGCACGGCGUGUUGCCGUCCAAGACGGAUGUCCAGAAUUGGUAGUCGCAUCACUGAAAAAGUUUCGCGGUCCAGGGGACGCAGCAGUGCAAGAAGCCUGUUUGGCUGCAUUGCAAGCCUUGCUGGAAUCUGCAACAUCUGAGCUUUGCCAAUCUGUAGCAAAAACAGGCGGUAUCGCUGCAAUUAUCGGUGCUUUGGCGGAUCACAGGGACCAUGCGCAGAUGCAGUACUGGGGACAGAUUGUGCUUGCGCAUUUGUGUUGUGACAAUCCAGAGCUGCGAACGGAAGCGCAGCGAAAAUGUCAUUGGCAAAAGAUUGAGAUUGAUUUCGAUCUCUAGAAAACCGAAAAACCUACUCACCCGAAUGCAUUCUUCGCGAUGUAUUUUCUGGCUUGCGUGCAGAGAGCUCUGGCUGUGCAAAUCGCACCAGGUUGUGGAUAGUGUCUUCACAUACCUGGCAGAGCCGCUUCAAGAGCACCUUCGACUUGGAGAGGCAAAGAAUCCCAACGCUUUCCACUAUCUUUCCACUAUCUUUCCACAAUCUUUCCUCCUGGCCAAAACGGCCUGUUGUCUCACUCAAGGAGCGACAAUCAGGAUUGAAAGUGGAAAAGA